UGAAAAGAGUCUCCCCGAUGUCGCUAUAUCUAUAUAUUGCUCUUUCCAUUAAGCCACCGCACAGCCGAGCGUUUGAAAUGCUACGAGUACUCAAUGUUCAAGACUACAGGUAGGUUCCCAGGUAAUUGUGUCUUGAUUUUGGUGACUCGCGGUAUCCUGUCUGCAGAGCAAAGGCAAGUAAGGCACACAGGUGCCUACCUCAUGAUCAGAGGCCAUGGUGUUGAUGGGGGGUCGCCUAUUUCCAGGUUCAUUCUCACGUUAGCCGACCCCACCGCCUUCCCGCCUUCCCCGGGUCAAGCAGCGAGGCCUAGGGUCGUAUGUCUGCCACAGGGCAUCCAUAAGGUGCUGUCAGGCAGCCUUACAGCGCUUGUAUAUGGUAUGUGCUGGGCAGAGCCUCGGCCAGGGCGUCGGAGAUUGAUGUCAUGGCCGACUGUUGAUCUUUAUGCUUGCCUUCCAGCUGGAGCGGUGAGAGUAGCAGGCAGUCAAAUGACUGUGCGCCCCGGCAGUCUGGCAACCAGUCUCUCUGCCCAUUUCUAGCGGGUUUCAGGUCAGACCACAGCCUGCUGCACCAUAUCCAUACAUCGAAUUACAUUCGAGAGCCCUGCCUCUCGUAAUCUCACUCUCAUGUCAUUGCCCACACUCAAGGCAUCCAUCCAGAAGAUGGGUUUGGUCUGAUGAACUGGGACUUCCUUUAUUUGCUUCGUUUUCCUCGAGCUUAUUUCAAGUGCCCCGUUCCUCUCUCUCAGAUCUCGUUGUGUUAGCCUUCUGUCCCUUUCUCACACAAAGGCAUAACACAUAU